CAGUGUUUAGUCUGGGACAUUCCUGAAAUCCCUGCAACUUGUUGAUGGUUCCUGCCUGGAGCAGACCGUUGGUCUGAGGCUGUGAGUUUAGUGCUCGGUUUUCAGGCUCCCACUGCCAGAUAUGGGUUCACUAUUUCGGCUGGUGUUCCUCGCCUGGCUGAUGCUGCCUUUAUUGGGCGCAGAAUCAGGCAGGAAACGAGCUGCUCGUCAACGCGAAGUGGAGUUAAUGGAACGGCAGCACAAUGAUGUAUGUCUGCAGGGUUCACCAGGUAUUCCUGGCCGGGACGGUAAUCCUGGAACAAAUGGGAUUCCAGGAACCCCAGGGAUCCCAGGACGAGAUGGACCUAAGGGAGAGAAAGGCGAGUGUAUGCAAGAACGCCUCGAGGAGCCCUGGAGAAUCAACUACAAGCAAUGUGCCUGGAAAGCACUCAACUAUGGCAUAGAUCUUGGCAAAAUCGCAGAAUGUACAUUCACCAAGCUGCGCACAGAUAGUGCCCUCAGAGUAUUAUUCACUGGUUCUUUGCGUCUGAAAUGCAAAAGUGCCUGCUGUCAGCGCUGGUACUUUACAUUUAAUGGGGCUGAGUGCAGCGGUCCACUGCCAAUUGAAGCCAUCAUCUACCUAGAUCAAGGAAGCCCAGAAUUCAACUCAACCAUAAAUAUACAUCGCACAUCUUCAGUUGAAGGCCUGUGUGAAGGAAUCAGUGCUGGGCUAGUGGAUGUUUCAGUCUGGGUUGGGUUGUGCUCCAAUGGCUACCCACAAGGUGAUGCUUCUACUGGUUGGAACUCAGUAUCACGGUUGAUAAUCGAGGAGAUGCCGAAAUAGUUGUUUCUACAAACUGAAAAACUACCAAGAGCCAUUCUUGGUCUAUCAGUACAAUUUGAAUAAAAACUGUUAACUUUCAUCAAAA